AGCUGGACGCUACAGCGCUAGCAGCCUGCUCAGCAGACAUCGCUAUACGUAGCAGCACCCGAAGUCUCGACAUCCUCAACCCAAGUCCAGUAUGCGCACACGACGCCUCUACGCUUCCCGUAUGACGUCCUGCGUCUUCUGAGGAUUCGACUUGACAGCGCUCGAACGUCGACGUCAGCGACGUGCGCUGGCCGCUGCCCGCGACAGCCAGCCUAUAAGGCAAUGGCCAGCGACGUCGACCCGCUCAUACGCUCCCCCAGACCUCACAACAGCCACACCAACAUUUCCACCAGCAGUACCCACCAUGUCCGGGUCGACCCCGCCUAACCACAUCAUCAUCAACGCGUCCGUCGCAGUCGCGCCAGGCGUCGCCAUCGACGAGCACCGGCGCACCCUCGUCGGCGUCGUGCUCGACCUCUUCCAGGGCAAGCCCAGCCUCCACAAGAUGUCCUUCUUCGCCGAGGACGCCGUCUACGAAGACCCCGUCGCCAAGAGCGUCGGCCGGAUCUCGAUAGCAGCGCAGUUCUACGGCCUCCCCGAGCUCGUGCGCGCCUCCACCACGGAGUCCGCGCGGAUCACCGCCUCCGACGCGCGCACGACCUCGUUCCACGUCCGCCAGGCGUUCACGCCGAAGCUCGUCCCGAAGACGAUCGCGUUCGACACCGUCAUGACGAUCACCGUCGACGCCGCCGGCAAGAUCGCGCACUGGCAGGACCGCCCAAGCGAGGGCAUCCCCGCCGGCGGGAGCGGGCUCGCGGAGUGGAUGCGGGAGACGCAGAGCGAGCUGACGAAGGCGGUGUUGACCCUUCCGAAGGACGAGGAGGAGGAU